GAUGUUACGACGAGGAAGCUCUAAUAAAAAAGUUGAUGAGAAUAUUCUUUUAUUACAAAAUACUUUGAUAGGAUCCGAUCCUGACUGUGAUAUUGUAAUAAAGUGUCCAGGAGUCAGACCAAAACAUGCUGUAAUAGAAUAUUCACAAAAAACGUCUACCUUCUGGCUUCGUCAAUUAAUUCCGUCCUUUAACGAAGAACAAGGAGAACAUAAAAGAAACUCACCGGAAAAUGAAAAUAAAAUAGAAGAGGCUGUAAAUGGUGAAAAAAUCCUUUAUGAUGGUUCAUUAAUUGAAUUAAGACCUCUAGACAAACUUCGUUUUGGAAAUGGGCCUGAAUCUGUUGAAUUUAUUUUUACAAUGCCAAAAAUAAACGAUAAGGGAGGAGAAAAGAGGCAGAAAUGCAAACGUUCUAGUAGCAGCAUUGGCUAUUCUUCUGUAAAGAAAAAAACUUCGUCAGAACACAGCCAAUUCUCGUUGCCAAUUGUUGGGGUUAUUUUAAAAAUUUUCUUCUUUGAAACUUAA